UCAGUUGAUUUUCAUUGGCGUAGGCCCUCGUCGGCGUAGACCCUUCGUCGGCGUAGGCCCUCGUUGGCGUAGACCCUCGUCGGCGUAGGCCCUCAGUUGAUUUUCAUUGGCGUAAGCCCUUGUCGGCGUAGGCCUUCGUUAGUGCAGGUCAAUAUAAGGGCCUACACUAUACUUACUUGGGGUGUAUGAGGGUAUAAUGCCAAGCCCGGAGGGUAGAACACACAAUAAUACGGAAGAAUAAUUUGACCGAUCGCCGACUAUUUGCUGACGUACGCCCCCUUUCAGCGGGCCCUAUCCCCACCUAAAACAUCAAUGGUUGUACACUAUUCUUCGUCCUGCUAUAGAGCUGAUGGCUAACAGCAGCUCCCCAGACUACAAAGCACUCUUCUUAAGAGCGGAGGAAGAACGGAAGUGGGCCGAGGAGGAGCGAAGACGUGAAGCAGAGUUGAGGGGACAAGCAGAAGAACGCCAGCGACAAGCAGAGGAAAGCCAGCGACAAGCAGAGGAAAGCCAGCGACAGGCAGAGGAAAGCCAGCGACAGGCAGAGGAAAGCCAGCGACAGGCAGAGAAAGAAAGGGAUCAGGAUCGAGAACAAACGCGAAAAACGACUUUUAUUGAGUUCACUCGACAUUGUCACAACCUGUUUUCGCGGCCUUUGAGAGCCGAAGAUCCGUCUCGCUCUACUACGGGGAAGAUACCAGCGCCCACUGGCAAACGUUGCCCGCUACGACUUCGCCCGUGGACUGAUUGCGAAACCAGGCAGCAAGAAAUCUACCGCUCUGUUUGCAACUAUUUAGAGCCACCGGGGCAAGAUGCUGAGCAGCUCUUCCUUUCGCGCCACGUGCUAGAGGGCUUCGGAAAAGAACUCAGGAGACCUAUAAGCAGUGAACAAGAUUUGGAGAGCUAUGAACGAUUUGGUGUGGAAAAUCAUGUUCGUGACAUUAUCGCAGCGCUCUGCGAGAAACCUGCCGCUCGACACGAGUUCCACUUGAGUGACGGAGUCAGAUUUGACAACCACGCAAACGCCCUUGAUCCUCAAGUUGAAUCAUCACAACCGAGAGAAUUGUCGACCUCGCGGCCUUCCAGACCGGAUCAAUUUUGCAUACGCCGUGGACCUUCAAAAACUAUCCUUACAACGGUUGAGUACAAACCUCCUCAUAAACUAAGCGUCGAAAAUAUUCGCUCCGGGUUGCGACCGAUGGAAUUCUGGGACGAGGUGGUCGCGCCCGAUUCCAUCCCUACGCAAGAACCUGAGAAACUGAGAUAUAAUGCAGCCCGGCUCACGGGCUCGGUGCUAGCUCAAGAGUUCCAUGUGAUGAUCCAAGAAGGGCUCGAAUACUCCUACUUGACGAAUGGAUUGGCGGUGGUUCUGCUGCGAGUCCCUUAUAAUGACCCGACAACUUUAUACUACCACCUCUGCGAGCCCAACAUGGAAGUGAACCCUGAGAAUGAUCAAAGCCUUCGGCAGCCGGCAACAAGUAUUGCCCGUGUGCUAUGCCUCUGUCUUAUGAGCUUUGGUUCAAGUUUGCGUGACCAGAAUUGGCGAAAUCACGCGAAGGAUCUACUUCCAGUAUGGAAGACGAGUUUUGACCACGAGCGUUCCAAAAUCCCAGAUGCGGAACUGCGACGGAUCCCUCCAGAUGCACAAAAUACUCCCUCAGUAUCUACGAGCUCCGAAGGUUCCGUUUCAGUGUUUUUACCGUCGUCCCCUCUCGAAUCCCCUACAGGGGGACGUCGACCGCCAACUCGAUCUCGAACUCAAUGUGCACCCUCGGCUCUAGUCUUACGCAAUGACCCUUCCGAUUCUGAUGAGGAUUCGGCGCUUAGAGGGCAGAAGCGUCGCUUCAGUCGAGUCACCUCGUCUCCGUUGUCCCCAUCCGUGCAACGACCGGCACGCCAGACAGGCUCCGGACAUGCCCAUAACGGUCAAAAGCAGCAUCAUCAGGCGGAGUUUUGUACUCAGCGAUGUCUACUCGGUCUGCAAGAGGGGAGUCCACUAGACGAGUACUGCCCGAAUGUAACAUUCCACCGGAAGGGAGGAAACGGCAAUCGACACCUCAUCAACACCGAGAUAUUGGUUCAACGGAUUAAACAGCAACUGGAUGAAGAUAUCGAUGAUUGUACACCCAUGGGAGGCUGUGGAGCAUCUGGGGCGCCGUUCAAAAUCACCUGUGCAACGUAUGGCUAUACAGUCGUCGGUAAAGGAACUACUUCUUAUCUCUGGAACGAGGUAUCACGCGAAGCAGACAUCUAUCGUAUCCUUUCGCGAGUGCAGGGUUCGGUGGUUCCGGUGUUCCUCGGAGCGAUCGACUUGGCUAAGAUCUACUUCUUGCAUGGAGCCGGAGAGAUUCGACAUAUGCUACUCAUCGCGUGGGCAGGAAGGCCGAUCAGCGAAUCCGAAGCAAGAAGCUCUCACAUCUCUAAUUCUAUUUCGAAGUCUAUAAACAAGCUUCGCUCAUUGGGAGUAUCACAUCAGGAUCUUCGACUGGAUAAUUUGCUGUGGAACGAUGAGCUAAGCCGGGUUUUAAUCAUUGACUUCCAUCGUUCGGUGUUGGACCCUCAAUUGAGAAAUAAGCGGAUGAGGCUACCUAGAAAGAUCUCUUGCGAAACAGAUACACGUAAGCGGAAGCGACCUCGUCUAGUGUGA